AUGAGUAUUGUUUUUAGUAAUGUAACGGACUUUCGAAAACCAUUUGUAUCUGGUACGAUGCCCAAUGAUCCUAGUCAACUUCUGACCUCUGCACUGAUUGAUCCAAAUUGUCAAGUUGACCUCUGUGACUCCAUAAAGUUCAUGAAAUUAGUGCCUCCUAAGGAUGAAUUUGCGUUCAAAGAGUCCAGGAAAGGAAUUCGAAAUUCGUUAAAGUCAAGUUUGAAGAAAAAGGCAUUGCUGUUGUUCGUGUGUAGUAUCAUUGGAUAUGAAAGGGAGGGAAAGGAGGAGAAAAGAGUCUUGUAUCUUGAGAGAGAGGAAAGAGCACUUUCUCUCCCAACUAAAACACAUCCACUCAAGCUGUUAUUAUUAUUAGAUAAUGGUGGUGGUGGUAGUGGUGAUGGUGAUAGUCGAUGGAGGAGAUCUCUGGCAGCCUUAAUGUGCAAAGGGUGUGAGGUAUCGCUCUCGCACUCCAGCUGA